AUGGAUAUAGCAUCAGAAUCUGAAAGUCAUGUAGAGAAAUGUUUCGUCAGUUUGGUGAAUGAAAAAUUAGAUGUCAUUGAAAGAAUAUCGAGUGUUGAAAAUUCAAAAACGAUUUCAACUGCAAGACAAUGCUCGAUCUAUGUGGACUUACAUCCUGGACAACGUUAUGAAGUUUCCGCCAAAACAAUUAGCGAAAAUGCAUCGAGUAAUAUCAUUUCCAAAAGUUUUGCUUUACAGCCAGCUUUUGAUAUGGAAACCUUUGGACUGCAACUAUCAGUGAGUGAAUAA